UUGAAGUUUUCGUUGUUCUAUCUAACACAUUUUAAAUUUGUUUUGUCGUACCUACAACUAUCGUUCACUGUCACUCGGUAUGUAUUAUUAGUGUACUGUAUAAAAGUUUGAUGAAUUAAAAUCUGAUAAUAUUAUCUGAUAAUCUGAUAAUAAUAUCUAAUAUUAUAAAGGCGAAAGUUUGUUUUGUAUGUUUGUUACCUUUUCACGCUCAAACGGCUGAACGGAUGUCAAUGAGAUUUCGUAUGUAUGUAAAUGAAGCCCUGGAUUAACAUGUAAGCUACUUUUAAUCUCACUAUUCCCACGGGAUCAAGUUAAACGCGGGUGGAGCCGCGCGCAACAGCUAUUCAAUGAUAAUCCAGAUGGUGUGUUCCGGCGCCGCACCGCAGUCACACCGCAUUUCGAUUGAGGGAGACGCGAGGGUGUAGAAAUUGUUGCUCCGGUACCGAGACGUCAUAAUAUCUUAAUAGCUUAAUUUUGUUUAAGAAUGCCGAGGCCAAAACUAUCAGAGGAGGAGAAAAAGGAGAGAAAACGGGUGCGGGAAAGAAUAAGAAAAGCUAAAAUCAAAACCGAUCCUGUGUCAAGAGAGGAGCAUUUAAGGAAAGAUAGAGAACGUUUAGCUAGACGAAAAGCUGCGGGACUUAUCGUAACCCGAAGCCAAAUGACUGCACGUGCACGUCGCAUUGUACAAAAAAAUAACCUAAUCAGUGCCCGUGCAUAUUAUCAGAGAAAAAAAGCUAACGCAAAUGUUGCCCGACAUAACCAAACAAGUGUUUCGGUGACCAAUGAUGUAACAGAAUCGCUAUCAAAAAAUCGAGAUAAUGAGCCUGGUAUUUCUCAAGAAAAAAUAAGACCUUGUAGCUCACGGUUAUUUCAACAGAAUGUCCGAUGUAAUAGUCCUAAUCUGCGUUUUGAUGCCAUAUUAGCGAGUAGUUCCCACUAUUUACGUACAAGCAGUCCUCUAGACUUGUCAAUAGCAUCUCCUUUACGAACGCCAAGUGCUAGUUCAAUAAAUUCAGAAGAAUCAACAUUACGUGCAAAUACUCCUAACUUAGAGCCGUCCCUUGCAACAAUUAAAUUCAAUCAAGACAUUAAAAUAAAAUUCCGUAAAUAUCAAAAACUUAAAACUCAGCAAAUAUGUGAUUUAAAAAACCAAUUGGCAAAGGCUAAUAAAAUAAUACUGAUGUACAAAAAGAGAUACAUGAGACUAAAUCAAGAAUUGAAGAAAUUCAAAAAAAGUAAUUUACAAGUGAGACAAAUCCCGAAGAAGCCAAAUAAUACAGAUCUGCAAAAACGUAUCCGUAAAAUUGUCAUUCAGUUUUUUGAGGACGAUGACAAUUCAAAUCUUUGCCCAGGUAAAAAGGAUACUGUUACACAAAAUGGAGUAAAAAAGCAGAAAAGGCUAUUGAAAGACACAAUUAAAAAUUUACACAAAAAAUACUUGACGUCGGGCCAUCCUCCAAUCAGUUAUGUCAAUUUUACAAGAAUGAGGCCGUUUUGGGUCACACAGCCAAAAUUAAAUGCUAGAAAUACAUGUCUAUGUCAGAAACAUGAGAACAUGGACCUUCUCAUAACAUCCUUAAAACGAAAUCGGAUCAUAAAAGAAAACACCACGACCGAAAUUCUUAGUAGUAUUUGCUGUGAUAUUUUUAAGGUAGAAUGCCUACAAAGAACAUGUCCUAUCUGUAGAAAUCGUCUCUUAAAUUAUCAGGAAUUUGAUAACUCCAAAGACGUUGUUUACUGGGCUUGGAAAAAGAUAAAAAAAAAUUACAAAAAGAAUGGAGUCGAUAAAAUAGCGAUUAAUGUAGAAAAAGUAAGAAUAACAGUUAAACCAUUGCAAUUGAUCAAUAUAUUUGAAGAUAAUCUGAAACCAUUCCUCAUGCAGUAAUAUACGAAAUCA